AUGUCUCCUGACCCACGUCACCAGCCUGACAGCCUUGCACCAAAUCAGAGGGCGGCGCUCGUCACCGGGAGCUCCUGCAGAUUAGAACUCGCCUCUCCUAGCUCCUCCCCUCAGUCCCAUUUAAAGCAACCACCCGCUUAUCCGAAAAUUGAGUGGGCUCAGUUUCCUCAGCGCCUUCUUCCAGGGCAAGAUGUCUCUCUCAUCCUUUUGUUCUUUAUUUCUAUUCUGACCUGUCUCCCAACUUUUCCUCUACACCUGCACUCACUUUUCAUUCCACCUCUUCCUCUCGAUUAUGCGCAUAUUUGCAAACACUUGAACUUGAGGCUAGGGAACACCGUUCUGCCUUGCCAAGACCAGUACUUUGUAGGAGGUCAGAGCUAUAAUUGUCCGUAUUCCACUACAACGUCAGAAUCUAGUGUUGACGUUUCCACGGAGACUUGGGUCUCUUUCUGGGCUGCUGGUUUCCUGGACAACAGAGAGCCCCAACAGGCACCACAGGCACAGGAACCAUCAGGUGACUCGAAUUUCCCUGUUCCUAAUUUGUGUUCAUGGGAAGAGGCUCAGCUUUCCUCUCAGCUCUACAGGAAUAAGCAGCUCCAAGAUACUCUGGUACAGAAGGAAGAAGAACUUGCUAGGUUACAUGAAGAGAAUAAUCAUCUCAGACAAUAUCUGAAUUCUGCUCUAGUUAAAUGUCUUGAGGAAAAAGCGAAGAAAUUGCUGUCAUCAGAUGAGUUCUCCAAAGCAUGUAGAAAAUUCAGAAAGGGGAAGAGGAAACCCAAAGAGCAAAGAUAUUUUCCUCCUGAGAUUCCCCAUCAUAAAAAUGCCAAGAGAAGCCUUGCUAGUGAAUUUGCUAACUGUGGACAAAAUGGACCCCCUGUGGAUCCCUGGGUUCUUCAGACAUUGGGGUUAAAAGACCUCAACACCAUUGAUGACACCUCAUCAGCUAACUACAGUGCCCUCUCGUCUCAUGCCAGACAGACCACUAGCACAUUUCCCCAGUUUCUGGAUGAGGCAAUUGAUUAUCCCAAUGUCCCUGGGGAAGAUCUGCCAAUUGACUAUGGAGGUGAUAGAACUACUCCCUUGCAAGGCACUGCCAGCCACAGUGAAGAUUUUCACUUCCUUUCUCAGCUUUCAAAUCCUCCAGAAGGACUACAAAGUCUUCCUUACUAUACUUCUGAUGUGUCACCCAAUAAGACAGAGAUGGCCUUUUCCACAUCCUUGAGCCCUCACUGUAAUGUGAAGACUCACUCCUUCCACCAGGGACAAGCCUUUGUUCGUCGAGAUGAAGAGGGAGGCUGGAAGUUUACCUGGGUCCCUAAGCAGUCUUAGUGACCCCCUCUUCUAUCACAAAGGACUGCCAUGAACUCUGUUUACAAGACCCUUCUUGCACUUGAACCUGACUAUGUGGAAAACACAAGCUAUUGCCCAGACAGUCUCCUGCCACUUUAAAUGUCACUCUCAAUUACCCACUUAAAUCUGCAGGGAAUGGCUUCCAAGAAUCCAUAAUGAAACAUGCCUGCUCUUCUUUCACCUAAAUUUGACUUGUUUACACACCCCCACCUGCUGUUGACUUCCUCCCUUGGCCUUGUACUUGAAAAGGUAUUUUCCAAUUCCCUGAAUAUUCCUUUGAGAUCUAAAUGUGCUGUUCCAAUUAUAACAAGUCUAACAGCUUUUCUUCUUUCAUCAAGCAGUUUAAAUGUUCACAGCCUUCACCUUCUCAGUUUUAUUUCUCUUCUGUUCCUCUUCAUUUCUAAAAACUGCUUUUGAAAUGACCGUUUUAAUUGCCCAAAGUACCUGCUAUUAGGUGUUCAAAUAUCUGAGGGUGGGGUUGAAAUGAGUAUCUUGGCCCAUUGUUGUUCCUGAAGACAUAAUAUAGGUAUAAGUAACAUUAUAUGAGACAAUUCAUUGAGUGUCCCAUGGUGGAAUUGACAUAUUACUUCAAAUACUAUGACUCUACUAUAACACUGAUAAAGUAAAAGAUAAAAGAUAUUUAAAAUUACUUGCCUGCAUAGUGUAUCAGCUUCUGCGGGCACCUGGCAUUGUAUUUGCA